AUGGUGGAAGAUAUUUACACUCAACGGCAAUUACAAGUGGAUCGACGAGCUACGCGUCUCGUGUCAGAUUACAAAGCGCGUAAGCAUCGAACUAUUGGCAUGCGAUCUGCUGACGUAACUCCCGCGAUCGCCGAAAGACUCUUGGACACGGUAUACAGUGCGAUAAAGAUUGCUAAUCCGACAAAAUUUAAAGUGGGCGAUUCGGAUUAUCGCGGAAAAUCCGUCACUGGAGCGUUUUACGAGCAUGAGUUGCAUCGCGCUACUCAUCCGGACGUGUAUCUCGUGGAGAAAGUACUGCGAUGGAAAGGAGAUAAGGUGUACGUUAAGUGGUUGGGAUUCGAUGGAUCGCACAAUUCAUGGAUACACAAAAACAAUGUCAUUUGA